UUACGCGACUGCGCUUUAAAGAAAUCAAUUUCGGAGAAAAUAAAAAUAUUUCAAAAAUAUAGAUGGUGCCACUACAUAGUCUUUUUUAACUAAAAAUCAAUACAAUGUACUAACUAUUACAAAAAAUCCUUAAAAUAUAAUAGUAAAUGAAAAAGUAUGCGGUAUGCGAAAUGUUAUUUAAGUUAUGUGCAGUGUAUGUUUUCCUGAAGCAAAUAUUAUAUACGCAGUGUAAAAAAAUUUAACUUCAAGUUACAUAUUCAUCAAUAACUAACAUUGAGAAGAUAUCUACUAAUCACCAGAAUGGGGACAGUAUUAAGUUUUAACCCAAGAGAACGGCAUCCAUUUUAUUCAUCCCAAACUAGCAUUCAAUACAACCAACAGUCUGACAUUCGAAAUGAAUAUAUUCUUGAAGGUCCUUGCUUAAUGGACUCACAUUUGAAUAACUUCUGUUAUGAACAAUUGAAUAACGCAAAGAACCAAGAAACGAAACAAAACAUUCGUGUUCCCCUUGCCAAAAAUGGCAUGAUUGCGCAAAAUGGAAGAAUGAAUCUGGGCAAACAAAGCCAUGUGACCAGUUAUAGUUUUAAUAAAUUAAAAGAUACAAAGGAUGCAAUUAAUAACGAUCUAGAUUCACAUAAUGAAAAUUCUACACUUUGUACGGAAAAAAAUACCAUAGAGAAAAGUAUGAAAAAGCAUUCAUUAUUUAUUAGUGCAUUGUCUUGGAAAAAACUUGCUGUGUCGCAUAAUAAAAAGAAGAUUGAAAACAAAAACAAAUGUGCUAAUAUACCUUCAGGCUGUUUCAAAACUCAUUCAUUAGACCAAACAAAUGCAUCUUAUACCGAUAAAAAUAAAAAUGUUCAUUUACAUUUUAACCAUAUUAACGACAGCCAACAUAUAACUUUAAAUCAAGACGGCUCCCAGCCCUGUAACACUCUAUUUUCCACUUCUAAAACUAAAAAACAAAUCACAUCGCAGGAUCUCGUUAGAAUAAAUACCACAAAUUUCAACAAACAUAACAAAUUGGUUCAAAAAGAACCUCUGGCUUUAUCGUUACCGCCGCAAUCGCAGGCACUUCAAAACAAACUUAGUCAUAUUCCAAGGAAAACCGUAAUUCAGGCAUCGACCUCGGAGUUAUUGAAAUGCUUAGGAUUAUUCUUGCAUUACCGGUGUAAAAAAUUAAAAAAUUUCGAAGCAGGAGAUGCCGUUAUGUGGUUAAGAGCUGUGGACAGAAGCCUAUUACUUCAAGGUUGGCAAGACGUGGCGUUUAUAAAUCCAGCAAAUGUCGUAUUUGUCUACAUGUUAAUACGGGAACUUGUAGACGGUGAAGAAACCAAGGAAUCGGAUCUACAGGCGUCAGUUCUUACGUGUCUAUAUUUAUCUUAUUCUUACAUGGGCAAUGAAAUAAGCUAUCCACUUAAGCCAUUCCUAGUUGAAGACUCAAAGGAUAAGUUUUGGGAAAGAUGCCUUAUCAUUGUCAACCGCUUGAGCAGUAAAAUGUUAAAAAUCAACGCUGAACCCGGAUUUUUCACGGAGGUUUUUACGGAAUUGAAGUCGUGUGGGCAGAUUUUAUCCAACGCUAAUGGAACAUUCACAUGUACCAGUGCUUGAUGCACAGAUGAACGAUAUAUAUUUAGACUUUCGUUUACACCACACAUGCAUACCUAAGCGAUAUGUGCUUAAGAUAUUUAUUAAUAAAUAUAUGUUAAAUUGAAAAAAUAACACGACAAAACAUACUAAAAAGUAACAGCGUUCACAUGCUGCAAAUAAACAGUU